UCUCCCAUUUGGAGGAAGAGGGAGUAGAUAACUAUAAUGAUUUAGGUCAUGUUAGGUAAUAAGCCAACAAUGUAAAUUAAUAUAACAGACUACGUCUGCAUUAGCUCACUGCGAGUGAGAGGCCUUCAUGCUUCAAUAAAGCAACAAAGGAACCAGGAUAUUUUCUCAACGCCAGCAAAGAAACUAAAACAAGCAAAAAAAAAAAAAUGCUUCCGAUCUUUUCAAUUUCUUCAAUUUUUCUAUUUCUUUUGCCAUCAGCUUUGUGGGCACAUCCUCCACUUUCAACACAAGCUAAUUUUAUCCAAUGCCUGUCACAUAAAUCUAAGACUUAUAUUCCAUUCUCUACGACCUUUUUCACUCCGAAAAAUUCUAGCUUCACAUCCGUUCUUGAAUCUUCGGCACAAAACCUCAGGUACUUGGUCCAUUCAGUGCCAAAGCCAGAGUUUAUUUUCACACCACUGCAUGAUUCGCAAGUUCAAGCUGCUGUUAUUUGCUCGAAAAAGCUUCGAAUACAUCUCAGGGUCCGAAGUGGAGGGCAUGAUUAUGAAGGCCUCUCUUAUGUAUCCCAAAUUGAAACACCUUUCAUUGUUGUAGACCUUGCCAAGCUUCGAUCGGUCAAUGUUGAUAUCAAAUCCAACACUGCAUGGAUUCAAGCCGGCGCCUCCAUUGGUGAAGUCUACUACAGAAUUGCAGAGAAAAGCCAAACUCAUGGCUACCCUGCCGGACUUUGCACGAGUCUAGGCAUUGGUGGGCAUAUAACUGGAGGUGCAUAUGGUUCCAUGAUGAGAAAAUAUGGCCUUGGUGCUGAUAACGCCAUUGAUGCACGAAUCAUAGACGUUAAUGGGCAAAUUCUUGAUCGAAAAGCAAUGGGAGAGGAGUUGUUUUGGGCAAUAAGAGGAGGUGGAGGAGCAAGCUUUGGAAUCAUCCUUUGGUGGAAGAUAAAGUUGGUUUCAGUUCCCGCAAAUGUGACAGUUUUUUCAGUUGCCAAGACCUUGGAACAAGGUGCCACAAAGCUCCUCCAUAGAUGGCAACAAGUAGCUCCAUUUCUUGAUGAAGAUCUCUUUAUUAGAGUUCUCAUACAAGUAUCCAAUGAUACCAUUACCGGCAGUAAAACUGUCACAGCUGUUUACCAAGCUCACUUUCUUGGAGAUUCUAAAAGAUUACUUAAUGUCAUGCAAAAAAGCUUCCCUGAAUUGGGUUUGACAAAAAAAGAUUGUACUGAAACAAGUUGGAUUGAAUCGGUGCUAUAUAUAGCAGGGUACCCAAGUGGAACCCCUACUGAGAUUUUGCUUGAAGGAAAAGCUACCCUACCCAAGGUCUACUUCAAAGCCAAGUCAGACUUUGUCAAGAAUCCGAUUCCAGAAAUUGCACUUAAGGGGCUAUGGAAGAGGUUGCUGGAAGAGCCCUCUCCACUGAUGAUUUUGAACCCAUAUGGGGGAAUGAUGAGCAAGAUUUCUGAAAGCGCAAUCCCUUUUCCCCAUCGGAAAGUUCUUUUUAAAAUUCAAUACGCGACUGUAUGGCAAGCUGGAGAUAAUGAGUCAAAGCACAUGGAUUGGAUUAGGAAACUUUACAUUUACAUGGGUCCUUACGUCACAAUGUUUCCAAGGCAGGCAUAUGUGAAUUAUAGGGAUCUUGAUUUCGGGACUAACAAGAAGAGCAACACGAGCUUUAUUGAAGCAAGUUCUUGGGGUUACAGGUAUUUCAAGAGCAACUUUAACAGAUUGGUAAAAAUUAAGACCAAAGUCGAUCCUGAUAACUUCUUCCGGCAUGAGCAGAGCAUCCCGCCUCUUCCAUGAACUCGAGGCCAUUACUAGAGCUAGGAGCUAGACUGAUUUUUUCAGUAUAUUAAGCAUUUAAUUGGUUUGAUUAGUGUGCCUUUUUUAAGCUUAUUGUUUAACCAAUUAUGUGCAACAAUAAAAAUUUCAGAGAAGUCUCUUUUGUCUCUAGUCUCAACAUUCAGCUACUAUAGAAAAAGGUAAUGUAACUAAUUGGAAGAGAAAAAAAAAAAA